ACCCUAAAGUAUUCAUAUUCAUAUAUGCAUUGUAUCAGCAAUUUGGGAGUAGUGUAAAGUAAUUGAAACCUGUUUGCUUAUAAUUAUGAGCUCCUUUAGCAAAGCAUUUGCCAAGUCUGUCAGUGCAGUUAGUGGCUUAUCUAAAGCUAGUGCUGCUAAGAAGCAAGAUUCUGAAAAAUCAUCAGAAUUUGAAGUUGAGAAAAAGUUGAGAAAGCAUAAACUGUAUCGAGACCUAGGAGGAGAAGAAUUACGAGUGGAAGUUGUAAAAUUAACGAAUGUGGACAAAAUACUUGAGAAAUUCAGCCAUCUUGUGGAAGAGGUGCUUAUCCAGCAGGUGGAAACACUGAAUAAAAACCAGGAUGGUGAAUUGGUGAAUUCUAUUGAAGUAGGAGAAGCAAAGAGCCGGCAAAGAAAAAGGUUAAUUAACGUUGCUUGUAUUCCUCUGAAAAUAGUCGUACGUGACAUAAAAUCAAAUCGAAAAGCUCAACGUGUGCUUGAAUCCUUAGCCGACAUUUUCAAGCUUAACUAUGGUGCCAAGCAUGUCUCUCUGACUGUUGGUGACGUAGUGCUGGAAUGGGGUAAAGAGAGCUUGGUGGUUCCGUAUUGGGAGUUCGAACGAAAUGAAUCAUCUCUCAACUCUGAUGCACGUGACAUCACUGUUCUUAGUCCUCACAAUGCUGAAGCAACAGCAACACUUGAAGUGGAGCCACGGUUGCUGCCAAUUGAUGAAGAAGUGGAGCACUUGUUCUAUCGUACCAGCGAUAAGCGUGAAAUGUUUCAAAUACUGGCUGAAGUUGUUUCACAAUACAACAGGACGUAUCACUAUGAUGUUCGCUCCCGCAAUUGCCAGACCUUUGUGAUCGAUGCACUCAAGGCUGUAGGCAUUUCUGAUAAGGUGCCCGUUAAGGUCGAAGAAACUGAACGUAUGCAACAUCUUAGACUCAGAAAAUCUGGUGAUAUUCCUGACAGUUUUGCUACACACGAAGAUCUCGAUAUUUUCAUCUGGGAAAGGAGUCAAAAAUGGUUGGACAAGCUGGAUCCUGAAAGCUUGGAGUAUCUAAAACUGGUCUAUUCCCAGUUCCAUGGUGGUGACAAUGCAGGUUGUCAUGUCAUCGACUGUCGCUUGGCUAUGAUCACUCCUUGAUGUUCCAUAGUAAAUUGACUAAUUUUGUCUUUGGAACAAAAUAUCACAGUUAAUUUUUAGAGGGACACUGAGUGGAUUUAUUAACAUAAUUAUUGUUGUUGUUGUUGUUCAUGUUUGACUAUUAUAAUUACUGGUCUGUGUAUUUGCUCAAUGCCUGAA